CUUUAGCUUGAUGCGUUUUUCUGUUUAAUCCAAUCUCUCUUUCGUACGCAGUUUCCUAAUUAUUUCAGUUCAAUCUGUCAAGGUUUUUCAAACGUCAACUUUUGUUGAAUUUCGGUUUUUUAAUAUCGCUUUGCUGAGAUGUCCGGGAGGAAUUUCGAGAAGUUCGUGGACUUGGCGUCGAAAAUCAUCGCCGUGGGAAAAAACUACGCCGAUCACAUGAAAGAAAUGGGCUACGCCGCCGCCAAAGUGGACCCCGUUAUCUUUAUGAAACCCACGUCGGCCUUCAUCGUAGAGGGCCAGAAAAUUGAAUUCCCUCCGGGUUGUCAGAACCUACACCACGAAGUGGAGCUGGGCGUCGUCAUCGGGAAGACCGCCAAGAAGAUUCCCGAGGCGGAAGCGCUGAAGUAUGUCGCCGGAUACACCAUCGCGCUGGAUAUAACCGCUCGCGAUCUGCAAGAUAAAGCCAAGAAAGAAGGCCUCCCUUGGACUAUCCCUAAGGGCUUCGACACCUCCUGCCCCGUGGGACCCUUCGUCCACAAGGAUCGUGUGCCGGAUCCGCAGAAUUUGAAGUUGUGGUGCAAAGUCAACGGGCAGACACGACAGAAUGGUUGCACCAAAGAUAUGAUUUAUUCGGUGCCGUAUUUGAUUAGCUAUGUUAGUAACUAUUUUACCCUGUAUCCUGGAGAUGUCAUUCUCACAGGGACGCCGGCGGGAGUUGGCCCGGUAAAGGAAGGUGAUGUUAUCGAAGCCGGUUUGGAUGAGUUGUCGCAGGCGUCGUUCGAAGUGGCCAAAAGUGACGCUUAAUACAUUAGUUUGAUUGCUACUGUUGGCACUUUCUCCUUGCAUUUUCAGAAAAUUUGUUAUUAUGGAUGGUUGAGAAUUCUGAUUUUAUUGAUUUUGAGAAGUUUUUACAAAAAUUGAUUAGACUGAUGGGAUUAUUUACUUCCGACAUUGUAGGUGUGAUUUAUGUUUUUAUUUUUUGUGUGGUGGACAUUGUGAAUGCGAUUAAUGAAGAUUUGAUCCAUG